GUCCUAACGAGCAACCGGCGACCGAGUCGCGUCAUCGAUAAACUUCCUUUAGCGAUCAAACCUUGUGAAGAAUCAUGCGUUCGCGUCCGUAAAUACAGGUCUAAUCGGUCGCGUGCUCAAGUUCAAUCCGCGUUUCGUUAAUUCUCGUUCCGUGUGCGUGUAUUUCGUUGAUGAUUUUCGCGUGAGUCCGAUCGACAUCGAUCGAUCGUUUCCGGAAAGUUUCGGAGUGACUUCGGGCCCCAUCGAAGCGGCCUGAUUGGCCACGAUAUGUGACGAAGUUCAUCCUCUAUCGUGCGUGAACGACGCUUGCUCUUUGUUUGUUAUUCCAUCAACUGCAGUGUGCAUCAGUGAACAAACGGAAGUACGUGUUGAGCCCUGUGACAAGUGUCCACAUUUCCCGCGAUUUGCAAGUUGUUUGUGCGUACCAGUGGUGUCGAAGACGAGCCUAACGAAAAUUGUGUCAUCGUCUCGUCAUCGCGCUGAGCUUAACGAGGUAGCGUGCAGUUAACGUCGGCGUUGUUAGAGGACGAGAGUGGACGCUCCUGGCGCUUCUAAAUCCUCCAGGCUACAUCCUUCCAGUGCAAUGAGAAUAGUAGUGUUCGUGUGUUAAUGACUGACGAGCUUUCGAUCAAACAGUGUAAAAACGACAAAUGUAAACGGUGCGGAAAUACUGGUUGGAUGCUGAGGAAAAUGAGGAAGGACGUAACUGAUGGUGAACAUGUGAAAGUGUUUCUCUGGAGAGGAUUAGAUCAGUAAACGAACAAAGAUAACUACUUACAACUGAAGAAGAAAUAUUCGAUUAGACGAAGAAGAAAGAGAGGGACUCGUCUGCAAAAGAAUCAAAAAGGGAACAGAGGUGCCCUGUUUCAAAUUUCGAAACAGAAAUGAGCUGAGAAUCAGCUACGAUGUUGAGUCGUCUUUCGGCCGUGGUGGCCUCCAUUUUGGUUCACCAGCUACACGUUUUGUGGGCCGCCACUUCAUUAGGUGCUAAGCCAUUUCCCGGACUGGAAAACCUGCCGAAAUCGUUCUGGGAUGAGCUCAGCUCGCCUUUUACCGAGGUAUACGAGGUGGAAAGUUUUGCGACAGAAACUAGCGGCACGCCCGAGCCAAGACCCUUUUUCGAAGAUCCAGAAAGCAACAUAACCGUGCAACUCGGUGCUAAAGUGUACAUGCAUUGCAGGGUGCAGAACUUGCAGGAUCCUCUCAAAGUGUCCUGGGCCCGCAGACGAGGCGAGGAGCUUCACUUGCUCACCUACGGUCCGGACACAUACUCAAACGACGCCAGGUUCUCGUUGGAGUUUGAGAAGCCGAAUGAUUGGCGGUUGCUUUUGAGCACGGUGACCGAACGAGACGGUGGCCUGUACGAGUGUCAAGUCAGUGCUCAUCCUCCAUUAGUCAGAACUGUCCAUCUCACGGUAUCAGUACCGAGGGUAGAAAUCGUGGAUGAACACGGGGCGACGGCAGGUGACAAAUUCUACAAAGCGGGCAGCACGAUAGAAUUGAAGUGUGUGGUCAGCAAUAUACCGCAACCCACCGGGUACGUUACGUGGCGGCACGGAUCCCGAACGCUAAAUUACGACAUCACUCGUGGAGGAAUCAGUGUGAAGACGGACAUGGGCACCAGCGGUGCGACAUCCAGGCUCUACAUUGCGAACGCGAACAAAAAGGACAGCGGAAACUAUAGUUGCGCCCUGGCUGAUGUGGCGGCUGCUACCACGGUUUCCGUCCACGUUUUAAAUGGCGAGAAUCCAGCUGCCAUGCAACACGGCGGAGUAUCAAAUCAAAGAGCAGCCUUGCUCAUCGUCGUUCUCUUAACACUAUUAUCAUCGUUUCUGAGGUGACCGUGAUGACCCGAUCAUUCCACGGGCCUGCAAUUCGAAUGGUGCUAAAAGUUUCCUCGUUAACGAAGAAUACAUACCGAGAAAACUGAAGGAAACGAUCAGCUUUCGGGCCCAUAUCCCCCCGGUGGCGAGCAUUUCAACGACCGAACGCACUUUUGUGCUCGGUAUCAAACAUUUGUACCGAACCAGACGAACAAACAGAAACAUUUUCUCUCGACCAUACACGGAAACGUUCUGAACACGAACGAAACGGUACGUAUGCUUCUACGAAAUCAUUGUGUUCGACGAAGAAGCUUCCCUUUUUCAUUGAAAACAUCGAAGUAUACGGAAAAAUUCUCUCGAGACGGACAACGAAGUUUCUCGUCGAUCAAGAUCAAUUUUCAUUGGUCACUUUUAAACGUACCGCUCGGAACUUCCGCUUUCAUCGUGUUACAACAUUGUACACACAUCAGUUUUUAGAAAUCGUCGAGGACGUUUCUGAGGAAAGGGACAUAAGCGAAAAAUGACGAAUUCAGUGAAUCGUGUUAGUGAUCUUAGUUUUAGUUUUUCUAAUAUAUUGCUACGUUUGAAUUGUUAAUGUUGUUAUUCCCAUGAAGUAUAUAUAGAUAUAUAUGACAGUUAGUUGAAGACGAUUUACUGAGAUAGGGCCCAUAGAUCUAUAAAUGUUCUUUUCCAGAAACAUCCUCGAUUCCUGACUGCUCGAUGGUAAACACGAAACAGAAGGAGGGAUAUGAAUUAUUUAUUGAUAUUUGUUGAUAAGUAAGAUCGAGGCGGGAAGGAUCGAAUGAGAGUCACCGUGAUUUUUUGUUCGAGCAUAUUAACAUAUCAAUUGAUGUCUGAGUAAAAACUCAUGAUUCUUUCCUCUUAUUUUUGAUCGAUGAAGAUGAAAAUAUUUUUUCUUAUUUUUCAAUUGAUUCAAAAUUAAUAGGACAUUAAGUACCGAUUCGGUACUCCUUCGUAACAAUGAACGUGUCAAUAAAAAACAGUUCCUAAAUGAAAACUUAGCGGGUGGUGGGGCGAUCAAACUACAAACUACUAUGUAUAAACUAUGGAAAGCCAGCCCCGUAGCUUCGUGAUGGUCGUGAAAAUUCAUCAUCGUAAGUCAGAUUAGGUGGACAGGUGGGUAGAACCGUGUUAUCUUUCACCAGUGGGGUAGGCCACACGGAUGAAGGUAGGAAAGGGAUGAAAACUGAAAUUCAUCGAGGCUGGGGUUGAAAAAGCGAUUAGCACACGCGAUUGGUACGUCAUAGGGUGGGCGGAUGUGGAUUGAACAGGAUCGAUCGGCCGUGUAUCCGGCGUUUAUACAAGCACGUUUGGCCAGUCGUAGCCAGGCCCGGUGACCGAUGCAAAAAUCAUUGUCCUCCCAACGGUCUGGUAAUCAAAGUGUUUAAAUUUGUAGCGGCGAAGGGAAGGGAAUGCAAAUUUGCAUACUGCUGUAUACGAUAAACAGUGAAGGGCGAUGGUGGGGGAGGGGGUUGGCAGGAAGUGAUUUCGAGAUUUUAUGAGCGGUCAUUGUCUGCGUGGCUGAGUGCUCCCGGCGUUGUAGAAACUCGCUUACUGCUUUAUACGUGUCGAGUAAUAAUUUCGACCGGUCCUGCCCGACCAUUAUUCGACGCUUCAACUUUUCACGACCAGCCCCGUGUUUGACGUUGUUUGGGUUUCUAAUUUUCCGUCGGGAAAAUUCUUUUAUUUCCUUUGGCCGACCCUGCGUCGCUUUGUAUUUUAUUUUCCUUCGAAAGGAACAAGUCUACCGUUAGAGGAUACGUGAAAUGCCUAACGCGAUUUCAUUAGAUAAAAGUUAAAUGACUCUUCCGUUGUAACAAGUGUAGUAACUGUGACAGAGAGAAGAGAGAGAGAGAUAUAUAUAUAAAAUUUGAAUUUAAAUUUUAAUGGAAAUGACUAUGGAGAUCCUUCGUUAAUAUUCUUGCAAUUAGCUUAAAAUGGCUAAAUAUAAAGCAUUUUAUAAAGGAUAGAAAUAUUCACCUAUAAAAAGAAACAUUUCAUUUUUCAUGGUGUUCUCUUAUCCCCAUAAGCCGUUGUCCGCCCAGAAACGAUCCACGCGAACGAUGAAAUCGAAACAACAAAGGGCCAUUUCUGUUGAAUAAUUACAAGCCCGUUUUUGAAAUUACAUAUCGCGUUCCUUUUUGUUUGCCGAGCACACGCCCGUUCGGAUUUUCAAUCAUCCAAACGAAACACGAAUAGCGAAAAGAAAAUAAACGAGAGAAAAAAAGAACGCUGCUACUAAAACGUCAUAGCAAUUUUCAUUUCUCGUUUCGCGUCCCCUAUUCUCCCCACACGCGUAAUCUGUUUUUCUAGGCGGAAAAAAAAAGUAUCAAAAAUGCAACGAGGGAGUUGGAAAUCGCGCUUUCGUUUCAUUUCCCUGCUCGUUUCUCUAUUUGUAUAGUUCUUUUUGACUAAGAGAUCUUCACUUGAAAACGCACAAUCACAGACGGAAUCGAGCGUGACACGGGUAAGAAUCGAUCACGAAAUGGAAAUCGACGAUAGAUUCGACUCGGAACGGUUAAACGGGUCGUGACGAUAACGUAGAGAUAGUUGAGUGUAAAUCAGAUGUUCCUGGCUGCUGGGUAGCCAGCUUGUAUAACACGAUAAUUUAGCUGAGGCAUUAUUGCACACGGGCAGGUGCAAAAUAUUUCAGCAAGUCGAAUUCCCGUGUACCGGUGCACAAAAACCGCAUAUACGUGUAAUCAAUGCCCGUGAUAAAUUUGAUUAUCAGCUGGACCGUGUAGAAGCAUUUCGAAAAUCGUCAAAUACCCAGCUUUUCAGAAACUCAAAUUCUCUAUGUUUUUCAAAGAAAAUUUGCAGCGGCUGUAAGUUUUAUUUUUCAAUGCAAUUAGUAUAAUUUAAUAAUGCAAUACUCUAUUUCUUUGGUACUUCAAGUGACAUAUUUGAUUUAAUACCAAAGUUGUUUAUAUUUUAAAAAGUUGUCCUUUCUCUCUUCUUUCUUACUUACUUACUUACUUACUUACUAUCAAUUUCUAUUUCUCGAAGAGCGAAAUGUUGUCGACUACUGGAAUUUGAAAAAAGUUACAUUUGCGAAUUAAUAGUAAACACUCGAUAGCUGAGCUUCCACGAUAAGAAACAUCCAUAAGAGGCUGAAACAGAGAAGUGGUCUGGAAAGUGCGUGGACGACAAGCUUUUUCAAUUUAAUAUUAUAAGUAGAUUUAAUAAAUUAUUUAGAAAAAAAGGUCAUAUCAAUUUGCUUUAAAAUGGCAUAUUGUUUUUAAAUAAUUCAAUUCCUUUUUUUUAGUUUCAUUUAACCAUUUCUGUUCUUAAUUCAAAAAUUUUGUAAAAACUCAUUUGCAUUCUUUUAGUUCUAAGUGACUGAUUUUUAAUUACAAUUUUGUGCAUCAAAAGAAAAGAUUUAAUCCUAAAUCUAAACCAAAAUUGACGUUUCACUAUAAUAAAAGUUGCUGAGUUUUACGGCUGCAGAAACACAAACUAUGUGAUUCAUAACUACCGACUAGGUACUAAUCCCUGGGAAGCUAAAAUCGAACAUCCGAUUGCUUUUCCAUGUUUGCCUGAACAUUUACUGCGCCUCGGAUGAUUGUGUUUGUUUUACCGAUUGUGUCCGUUGGAACGAUGGUAGCUUUGGAAAUAUUUUCACACCAUUUCGUUCUUUAAUGAAACUCGCGUCUACAAGAAGCACGUUUCAACGAUCAAAAUAAACGGGAAAGAAUUUUCUAAUGCAUCAAACAUGAGAUCCUUUCAUUGAUUUGUUCAAGCACAUAAAGACCCUCCUUUUGUCGUCGUCUUCGGAUCCUUAAUUGUCAUUCGAUCGAACAAGCAAACGACAAGAUUUGUACGACGUGUUCUAUAAUAUCCAUCGUCUGUAACAGAGAUAGGCAUCAUAAAAUAAUAAGCUCUAGGUGACAUGUAAAAUUGCUAUCGUGGUUAGUUUGGCUCACAAUGCAUUACUUUAUUUUCAAAAAUUCUUCUGAUGCCUGUCUUUGAAUUACGCCAUUUAUGAGUGAGAAUGUUUUCGUAUGCAUGACCGUGUACUACGUUCGUUUGUAUGGAUGUUAUUCGAGUACGGAUAAAGAAAUACCCGUGUAAUGCGUUUGAUAAAAGAAUAAAUAAAUAAAGUAAGUAAGUUAUAAUUAAGUAACGUAAUAUAAGGAAAACAAAGUAAUCUGAAUUUAGUAAAAAGUAAGUCAUACUCGACUCGUUUCGACGAUCGAAAAUCAACAAGUUGAAUAAUUUCCGUUAAUUAAAGCUGUGACAAAUGUGAUUAGAUGAAUUUUGAAAUAUUUAUUGUUUAUGUGUACUAAUGCGUACAUGAAUUGUUUUAUUUUUAUAUUUGAAAUUUUAUAUUUGCGAGCUUUUGGGCGGCCCUAUUAAAAAUUUUCCAUUCUAAAUUUUUAAUUCAUUAAUAAAUUGAUAGAUAUGCAUUCAUGUUGAUAAGUAAAUUCUCGUGUAACGUCUGUGAUCAAUUACUAAUUAAUUAAUUUUUAAUUAUGAUAUCUAUCGAUCUUGAUUUUCGAGCGAUACAUCGUUGACCCGAGUGUAUAUGUAAAAAAUGAAGAAUGUUCGUGUAAAAUAGACCUGCACAACCCGCUGCCCCUUUGGAUAAUGACAAACUAAUAAUCACGCGUUGUUUUAAUUAAUCUAAAUUAUUGCUAAAUUCAAUUAAUAAUUUAAUUAUUAAUUUUAAUCUAGAAUAUUAUAAAAAUAUAUCUUUUUUUUUUUUUUUAACGUGGGGAAAUCUUGCAUAAGACACAAUAGUGGCACCCCUCUGCCUGGGAGGCGCAAUUUUGUGCAGGUCUAAUGUAAAGUUUUCAGCUCGAUAUACUUGCUCAUCGCUAAUCACUCAUCACCCAUAGUAAUAUAAUAUAUCCAAGAUAAAGUAAAAUAAAAGUCAUGUCUAUAAGCAUCUAUAAGCGGUACUAUUAAUGGUCAUUAAUACGAAUAAUAAGGGACAAACGUUGUUGUAAGGGAAUACCAUUUCGAGAGAGAUAAGAGAAAUGAAAACAGAAAAAGAAAUAUAGGAAAUCCAUUUAAUGUCGGUAUUCGCUGUUCACUAUUUGUAAGUUUCGAAAAGGUAAAUACAAUAAAAUUCAUAGUACCUAAUUAACCUUGCAUUUUUUGUCGAAUUGACCUUGCAUUCCUUUUUUAACAUGUUACAGUAACAAAUCUGCACCUUCCCCAGCCAAAAAAAUGUGGACUGACGCUACAAUUUUUUAAUUCAAAAUUUUUAAAAUUACAGAAUUAUAGAUUUUCAAAAUUUUAAAUUCUCCAAAUUUCACAUUUUCUAGAUAUACUCGAAUAAUUAAAGGAAUAUAUAUAAUUAUAAAUGGAAUCGUCAAUCUGAUAUUUUGCGCACAACAGACACCUCCAUUACGAUUUUAUAUUUUCGUUCCAUUUAGAUUUUCUGUUCUUUUAUCACUUUCCCUUCGUGUUCCUUCGCCAUUUUGCGGUUGGAACAGAAACAAAAAAGGAUAGUACCUUUCCGUCAUAAUUUCGCAUCCCGAUGCCACGAAACUACUGUGUCGCGGCUAGAAUCUCUGGAUGCAUACCGGUGGUUGGCCAUGUAUCAUUGUGACACCGCUUCGCUGGCUGAAUUUAAAAAAAAAAAAAAGAACAAACCGGAGAAACGAAUGGCGUGGGUGCGUUUCGCGGACGUCUGACCCUUCAACCAGACCAUACUACCUUCGAGUUUCUGCCGAUUUGUUAGAAACAGUAAUGUUUCACCAAGAAUUAUUGCUGAAAGAAGAAAUUAAAUUUACAGUAGAGUAAAUUGGAGAACACUAUACAUAUGUACCGGUUAAUGUUUUGUGAAAUAAAGAAAGAAUGUUAUUCUU